GUUAUAAUGUGAUGUGAAAGGCUGAUGUUGACACAGUUGAAUGUCAUUAUCAUUUUCCAUUGCUAUGUGUUUAGAGAAUUUACGUUUCGUCUAGCAUUACUUUGUUGUUGGCAUAACAGUUUGGACAUGGCAACGAACACUUCCUUGAGCAGGAGCAGUCACCAGAAAUCAUUACAAGACGAGUCUAAUUUAGUUGCAGGUCAACAACAGCCGCCAGAAAUCACUCCAGCUUCCAAUUCCACAGCAGUUGAAGGAGCUGAAUUGCAAACGGUAGAAGUUAAACCGAGGGCUUCAGGGAUCGAGAUUCCUUCCCGCAAUCUUCUUUUGACCUUGCUCCAGUAUAUCUCUAGUGGUGACUUAGUUUCCGUGAACGACUUCCUUAACAACUACUCCUUUCCAUUAAAUGCUGAAUUUUUUCACUAUAGAUCUGUUCUUCAUGCGGCAAUUAUUCUUGGUCACUUGAAGAUUUUUAAGUUAUUGGUAAGCUUUGCGUCAGACGAAGACCUUCAAUUAACAGAUUAUAAUAGUAAUACAGCCAUGAGCUUUGCUGCUAUGCAUGGCAACACUGAGAUUGCAGAAUGCUUGUUUAGAAGGAACAAAAACUUGGUUACUACUGUAAAUUUGCAAGGAAAUUCUCCAGUUUUGCUGGCAUGUAGGGGAGGCCACAAGGAUACACUUGGCUAUCUGUACUCCGUGACUCCGAUUGAUUUCCUACUCUCAGAAAAUAAAAUUCAUGGAUCCAGGUUACUCAAUGCUUGUAUUCUGUCCAAACAAUUUGAUGUUGCUUUCGAUCUAAUCCGACAAUGUCCGGCCAUAAGCUUAACUAUUGAUAUCUAUUACAUUCCACUUGUUGGGCUUGCUACUGAAAAAUCCUUGUAUCUCAGUGGAAGUAGGCUUGCAUUUUGGCAACGAUGGAUCUAUUAUUGCUUGAAGGAAAACAAACCACCUGCCUCCACUUAUGCUUUUACUUAUAUUUCUGAACGGAGACAGAGCGAAGGGAACAAGAGCGUCAUUACGCAAGUUGCGAAGAAGCUACUCGGAUUGGGCUCAAAUCUUCUAAAUAUGUUUGGAAUUGAACAAAUAUAUGAUUUAAAGUCGGAUCAUGCCAAUGCCAAGGAACUUUUAUGCCGGAUUGCCAAAUAUAUAUCUACUCUUGAUAAAGCACAAAUCCUCCAAGGUGUAGUGCAUUCCGCAAUGAUUGGAGCUGCCAAGCUCGGGGUAACGGAGUUUAUAAUUGAGAUGAGCAAAGCCAAUCCAGAUAUAAUGUCGUUCACUGACGAACAUGGUAGAAACAUAUUCAUGAUUGCAGCCAUAUACCGUCAAGAGAAAGUUUUUAGCCUCAUUUGUGGGAUUCCUGCUUUGACGGGGCAACUCCUUCCUUAUGUGGAUAUUUAUGGCAAUGCCUUAUUACAUUUGGCAGCGGAGUUGGGUCCUAAUUCUGAAGCUAAGCUUACGCAAAUAUCAGGUGCAGCUCUGCAGAUGCAAAGAGAAUUACAGUGGUUUACGGAGACGAAGAACAUUCUGCCACAAGUGCAUGCACGAUAUACAAAUAAUAAGAUGCAAACUGCUAAACAAAUAUUUGAUGAAACCCACAAGGACUUGCGUAAACAAGGGGAGGAAUGGAUGAAGCAACUAGCAAGUUCAUCAACAGUUGUGGGUACUCUUAUCAUGACUAUUAUGUUUGCUGCAGCGUUUACUGUUCCUGGUGGUAACGACCAAAACAAUGGUUUCCCCAUAUUCUUAACUAGCGGGCAUAAGCAUGAAGUUGCAUUUAUGAUAUUUAUAAUAUCAGAUGCCAUUUCUCUUUUUGCUUCUUCUACUUCGGUGUUGAUGUUUCUUGGCAUUCUCACUACACGUUAUGCAAUGGAAGAUUUCCUUACAUCUUUACCUAACAAGUUGAUUAUUGGCCUUUCCACUCUCUUCAUUUCUAUAGCGACAAUGAUGGCAGCCUUUUGUGCUAGCUUGGUUAUAAUGCUACAAGGGCGACUGUGGAUAAUCAUUCCAAUCAUUUUACUUGCAAGUAUUCCAAUCACUCUCUUCGCCUGGUUGCAGUUUCCUCUCCUUGUAGAAGUAAUUGUUUCAACUUAUGGAGCAGGAAUCUUUGAUAGGAAAAUGAAGCCUUGGAUCUAGUUAAAUGUAUUACCAGCAUCGAGAGAUAAUUUGUUAAGCUUUGGCCUUAGCUGAAUCUAGAAAUGACGUAUGUUUGUACGGUUUUCCUUUUUCUUUGCUUUGCAGAAAUUGUGUGCUAUUUUUCACUUGUAAAUAGGUGUCUUAUUUUUCCAUUACAAUAAAAUCAUUUUUAAAAAUA